GUUUCGACGGAGUUAAGAUGUUGAUUUUCGCGCAACUCAGAAUUCGUUAACCCGUUCAAAGAGGCCGCAGAGCAAGUGUUUUGUGAUUGGAACAGUUCCAUGUUUUAAGCAGUGCAGUAAUAAAAUGCGAUUUUGUUGUGCCUUCAGUGAUUCGAGCGGUUGAAAAAAUCCCCGUUGUUUGCCAGAGUGUAUCUCCCAGCCGGUGUGAAUCAUGUAAUGAACCGAUCAAGCGGAUCGAGUUCUCUAACAAGGUGCCUUCGCGCGUGUGUGUGCUUGUGUGAUCGUGUGAAGAGAUGUGAGUCUGCCACAGCUUGUCGCACGUCGAAGUAACGAAGAAGCAUCGCUAUCGUUUAAUCAUAAGAUACAAUCCUGCGGCCUGCGAAUGGUGGGCUUUGGCAAGAAACCGGGACCACCGGUUCCGCCGCGGCCAAGUGCGGCCACGGUUGCCACGGCUUUGGCGAAGCAGCGCGAAAACUCGCCUUUACCCACCGCCGGAUUCACGGUGCGUGGCGGAAACGUAAGUCUCGCAUCGGGCGUGGGCACCCUGAAACCACCGCACCCGGGGCGUACCGUCGUGUACAAGUCACCGGAUUUGGAGCAACCGAACCGAAGUGUUCUUGCGGGACCGUGCUCCGGCCCAAGGGCGGCUUCGAGGCGUGAGAUCUCGGUCUAUCACGAGCUGCUCGGUGACCGUGGUGACCCCGACGUGAUGCCGGCCGGCGGCAGUCCCCAACAAAGUCCGACACCACUGGAGCGCGGUAAACCUCUGUCAUCGGCCAAUCACGGUGGAGUAGUGUACCGGUCCACCUGCAGCAUAGUGGAGAUCAACAGCUCGCCGAGCUCGGUGUCCAGUUCGGCGUCAUCCUCACCGGUAGCGACCCUGCAGAAGCCUCCGCUGCAGGACCUACAAUCGAAACAAUCCGCGGGAGGGCGCUCCACCCGUGGCUUGGAGCCACCCGUGGUCCCGGUGGCACGCCGACGUCUGCGAGGUGGUGAAGGUGGUGAUCAACCACAGCCACCGUUGGCGGUGGCAUCCGAAGUGAUCAUCAUAAACGGAAGCAGCAUUCCGUCUGGUGGCACCGGAAGUGGAAGAAAAGACUUUACGGUCGGUGGCGGCGUCGAGUGUGACAGUGGCACCGAGCGGGGCGACAGCUCAGGAUCUUCGGCCAGCGCCGGCAGCACGCUGGAGCGGGAGAACAAUCUGCGCAAUCUCGAGAGCGCCAAGAGCAGCAGCCAUUUCACUGAAAUCAUAAUCGGUUCGAACCAAACCAGCACGGUGGUAAGGAGCGGCAGCAAGCCGAAUAUUGCAGCCCGGACGGAGGCCACGGGAGCCCCGAAGAGUACUGUGAUACGAUCGAGCUCGAUCCGGCUACCGUUGCCGUCCUAUCACCGCCCGGAACCGGAAGGUGGGGAGCACGUGCAACCGUCCUCCGACAAGCAGAUGGCGUCCGGAGUGGCACCGUUAAAACAGCCACUUGCCACCAAUCUGUCCAAGUCGAAAUCUUCAACGCGGGCAGCCCUCGACCCGGCCACACUCGAUUCGAAGCUGAGCGAGCAGAAGUUUGCCUUCCACGAGCUACUGAUCUCGGAGCUGACCGCCAUGCGUGAGAAGCAGCAGCAGCGCCAAGCGGUGCCACCGGACGAACCACCGCCACCGGUGCCACGGUCGGUGGUAGAGCGGCAACCGGAGCUGGAGUUCCGGGACGUGGAGAAGGUGAACCGGCGCCAGCGCUGCCCAUCGGAGCGCCGAUCGUCGGGCAGUGAAGCGUCGGAAACGUCACCGAGUGGGACGGCGGUGCGGUUGCCGAAAAUCCGCACGUCCGACUGGAUCGAGGUGGGCGACAAUGGCAAGCAGGUGCUCCUGUCGAGCUGCCAGAUCAGCCUGGAAGACUCGGGCAUGGAGGACGAGGAGAAGCUGGAUGAUGCCUCGUCCGGCGUUGGCGAUUCGUGGGACAGCGUGAAGGAAGAUGUAGAAUCACGCAUCAUAAUGUCGCUCCCCGGACUGCCACCGUUGCCGAAGAGCCUGAGCGGCUUUGAUCUCGCCGGCACUCAGCUCCAGCCACACCACCAUUCCCACCACCACCACCACCAGCAGCAGCAACAACAACAACAGUCCCAGCAUUCCCACUACGGUCACCAUCUUCACCAGCAGCAGCAUUCGACCCCGAUUCACCAGUCGCACCAUCAGCAGCAGCAGUCCUUCCACGGGACCGGCGGAUUGUCCUCGCAUCCACCGUCCAACCAUCUACCGUCCUCCCAGUCUCCGGUGACGCUCAAUCACCAUCACACGAAUCCGUUCAUCCCGAUCGGCGGUUCCGCCGGCGGGUUACUACACGGUGGCAGUAUCGACCCGCAGCGUGGCCACUCGCCCGUCGGCAGCAGUCUAUCGUCCGGCAGCGGUGGCCCCGGUAGUGGCCGAAAGACUUCACCGCAACCAGCUGGGACGACCGUUCCGACGACGACCUUGGAUACGCAGCUGGCUAUCCUGCGACGAGAAAUGUACGGUCUCCGGCAGUUGGAUCUGUCCUUGCUGUCACAGCUGUGGGCCCUGAACGAAUCCAUCCAAGAGUUCCGCACGAUACUGCAGGAGCAGGAAACACUUUCGCCUCCCUCGCCAACGCCUUCCAACUCGGACGCCAAUUCCGUUUCGUCGGACGACGAUGUGGACGAGGACGAGUCGUCGGCCACCACCAACAGUACUAACAACGUCAACCAACAGCAGCAACAGCAGCUCCACCAGCAGCAGCUUCGUCUACUGUCCGCCCAUCACCCGCUACAAUCGUCCACCACCAGCAUCGUCAGCAGUGUCGGGAGUGGCGCUGGCGCUGGCAAUGGAUUGACGCAGAACGAAUCGGGCGGCUCCAACAGCACUACCCUCUCGUCGUCCGCUUCGUCACGCAUGCGGGCACCACCACCGCCGCCACCCAACAGGAAAGCUCCUUCGAGACCCGUUUAACCCGGUGGUCGGCUGGAGGUCCCCUGGUGCAAGAUGGUGCUUUCGGAGUGCCGAGUGAUCCUCGGGCUCGGGAAAUCGAAAAAGAAGGGCCGGUGCGGCGAAGGAUGAGAUUUCAUAAAGGAUCCUAACCGUGUGCACACCGAAGCAAGCGAAUUGAAUCUAAUCAGAAAACAAAUAAACAUAAUUUCACGUUGACCACUAAGGGUGCGCGCCGUGGCAAAAGUCUAGCGAUAGGCGAUCGAAAUACCAAAACUCACAAUUAAAGUAAACCUUAAGCAAAUGAAGACUUUUGGGGGAGCGUGCGACACGAUGCGAUGCGGGAAGAGAGAGGCCACUGUCUAUGUGUUAUGAAACUUUCACUGGAAUGUUUAUUAAGGACGUUACGGAGCGCGAAGGCGAGACAGGGUUUAGGACGAGGAAUUGUUGGGAUACGAAGGAACGGGGUAGAGCCAGAGCCAGACAGCAUUAGACCGGUGCGAAAGGGCGGCGGUGUGCCACGAACACAGAACAGUAGGAAACACAAGGAAACGCUGUACUCUGUACAUACUAAUAUUGCGACUAAAUAAUGUUCCCAAACUAGAGUUACACUAUGAAUGAUGAAAUAAAAUAAUGAA